AUGUUGAAAUUUAUUGGUAGUGAUACUGAUCAGAUUAAUAAUAGUAAUAAUGAUAUCGAUAUUAUUGGUAACAGUAAUGAAUGUAUAACAUUCUUUAAACAAAAUUAUAAAUCAAUAGUAGCUGAUUCAAAUAAAUUAAAGAAAUCAAUUGAUUAUUUAUAUAAUAAUAAUAAUAAUAAUAGUAGUAGUAAUAGUAAUAAAGUUGUUAAUGGCUUAAUAUUAGAUGAUUGUAUACAAUCUUCAGUUUAUAUACAACCACACAGAUAUUUAGAUGUAUUGUUAAUGUGUAUAGAAUGUAUCCCAACAUUCAAACGACAGUUGUUAGAUCAACUAACACUGGUUUAUACAAAUCAUCUUCAUUUCCAAAUUGCAAUAACCGAUUCAAUGCAAUCCGGUUGUUUUAAACUAAGAUUAUCAUCACCUAAAUAUCAACAACAACAAUCAAAUCAACAACAAUCAAAGAAACGUAACUUUGAAAGUAUUAAUAAUACAACAACCAAUGCAACAACAAACAAUGCAACAACAUCAGCAAUAACAUCUGCAUCGACAACAAUCGAAGAUAAAUCAAAGAUGUUGACAUUGAUGUCAUCUCCACAAACAAAGGAAUUGAGAUCAUCUAUUUUAAAUCAGAAACAACAACAACAAAGUAGUCAUGGUCAUGGGCAUGGACAUGGUCAUAGUUAUAAAGGAUAUCAUCUUUAUAAACAUUACGAUGAAUAUAUACUUAGUAUACAUGAAUAUAUGAUAUCGUUGUUGGAUCGUAAUGGUCAGGCAUGGUAUCUAGAUAUCAUACAAUGGAUCCUAAGAACAUUAACACAUCUUAAUCAAAUGGUUUUAUUAUCAUCUAAAUCAACAACAACAUCAUCAACAUCCAAUAUAGAUACAAUAUCAUUAUUAUCACCAAUAAUACAGUCAUCAUUAUCAUCAUCAAAUCAACAACAACAACAACAACAAUCACAACAUCCAUCUAUUAUAUUACAGAAUAAUCUUAGAUAUCUAACUAUACGUAAUUUACUAUCAUUGUUAUUACAUAUGACAAAGAAUGGAAUAGAUCAUCUGUUUAAACAAACAAAGCUAUUGGAGACACCCAAUCAAAGUUGGAUUGUAUUAUUCAUCAGUGGAAAGUAUCCUAUGGAAUCAAUUGAAUAUAUAUUGAAUCAAUGUUAUAGGGAUAUCAAUGGUAAUAUUAGUGGUAGUGGUAAUGUUAGUGGUAGUGGUCAGUUGAAAACAUUGGAAUAUCUAUCGGAUCAGUUUAAGGAGAUUGUUUGUUCGGUGGUACUUAGUCAGUUGGAAGAUGAACGUGUCACACCUCUGCAGUUGUUACAGUUGCUCUACCAUUGUCCGGUGUUACUCUCCAUUGUAUUGCCAGUGAUAAUCAAUCAUUUCCAAUCGAUAUUCAGUUCGCUCGAUCUCUCUUGUAUCGAUUUGAUAAAGACAAUAUUACAAGAUCGUAAUUCAUUCUUAGAUGCAUCUUCCAUAACUAGAAUAAUAACAUUAUUAUUAGAUUGUAUAAAUAAUAAUAAUAAUAAUAAUAGUAAUAAUAGUUUAGCAACAACAACAUCAUCAUCAUCAUCAUCUCAAAAACAACAACAAAUUAUAUUAUUUAUGUCAAUAGUAGAAUAUUUAGAACAGUCUUUAUUUGAUAGUAGCAAUAACAACGUUAAUAGUAAUAAUCAACAAGAAUCAUUAGUUCAAGGUCUUUCCAAUUCACUAUGGUUGUUCUGUCAGUGUAUACUCGAGAACAAAUCCAAUGAAUUUGAUUUCAAACCAUUAGUUUCACUUACCACCGCCAUUGCAAUGACAAGCUCUAGAUAUUGUCAACAUGUAUUGUUAUUCUUCCUUACUAAAGAAUCAGCAACAACAACAUCAUCAAGAUUAUCAACAACAAAAAUAACAGCCAAAUCAUAUAUUUUAUAUUUUGUAAAUCAGUUUCAAGUUGGUUGGCCAGGUAUUCUAAGCGAUUCAGUAAAUUUAGCAUUGGAAAGAGUCGAUUCAUUAUCAGAGAGAGAUUUAGAUCAGUUAUUAUCAAAUAUAUUAUCAUUAUUAUUAAUAGAUAGUAGUGGCAUUAAUCAACAAGAACAACAAAAGCAACAACAACAACAACAACAGCAACAACAAGUAUUAAAAUCAUUAAAAUCGAAAUGGUAUAUUUUAUUAAGAAUGAUAGAGCAUCAAUCACUAUCGAUAAGACAAAAGUCAUUGGAGGCACUACAGAUAACACUCUGCGAUGCCGAUUUCACAGCAAACUUUAAAGAUCUGCUGGAUAUGCGUAUCUUUGGUGAACGUAUCUUGAAUCUAAUCUUUGGAUUGCUGAUCAAUUUCAAUGCCACUCCACUCUCGGUAAACUCUGCCUCUGACGAAAAGAAAGAGUUUAAAAGAAUUAUUAUUUUAAAUAAUUUAAAAUCUUUAUAUAAAUCAAUAUGUAAUUUAUCAUUAUUUAAUCUAAGUUGGGGAUUAGCUUUACUCUUGGAUUUUAUCAUGAGUCCUACUCAUUCCGAUCUAAAGUUAAAGCAACCGACCACCUAUGUUAUACAUCCUGCCAACUCUGCACAAUCGAUCAUCCUAGAGCCAGAGGAACCAGUAGAGACCAAUCUCAUUUUAAAUCCAAACAUACCUUUAUCACAACCAUUACCUAAACAUCAUAAACAACAGCAACAACAAGCAGAAGAAGAAGUAGAAGACAUUCGACAUGAAGGAGAUGAAUAUGACGGUAUGAAUGGUAUGAAUGGUGUGGUGAUGAACGGUGUCAAUGGUGAGAAUGUGCCGGAUGAGAAUGAAACGCUUUUACAAAGUAACUUCAAGAGGAAAUACUAUCAGUAUAAGUUCUUGGAUAUGAACCAACCUCGACAUUUGCCAUUCAAAAACGGUAGUCUACCCAAUGGUCUACAACAAGGUGCUUGCUCCACUACACUGCCUACCAACUACUCGCAGAGUGAUAAUCAAUAUCAAAUAGUUGAAAUGAUUAAAUCACUUUUAAAGAGUAAUAACAAUAAUAAUAAUGUAGAUCAACAACAACAACAAGAUGAUCUUGUUUAUAUUAAUUUAGAUAGAGAGAAGCUUUCAAUUUUUACUUGUCAUCUACUUAAACGUGUAUUGCCAAGCCAUAUCAACCCAUCUUACGAGAACUAUCAGGAAAUAAUGCCAAAACACUCAACAUUUGAACGUGACAUCUACCUUAGAAAACUGUUUCAACAAGACAGUAUACUAUGGGAGCUCUUUGAGAUCAUUUCAAACGAGGUGGUAAAGAGUUUGUUGGUGAAUGAGCUGACCUAUUGGUACUCUGAAAAGUUCCUGAGUAAACCAUCAAAGUCAGUGCACUUUCGACAAACUUGUACUUUGGUGGGAAUGCUUGCCAACUCUAAAUUUAUUCCACCGCCACUCAGUCAGGUGACAGAGUUACUCGACAAGAUAACACCUGAAGAGAUAUCAUUUGUGUUGGUGACGAUCUGGAACUUCAUCAGGUAUCAUCCGCCAAAUCCAUCGCAAUACUCAUCAGCAUCCACCAGAGUGUGUUUCACCGAUGACAAGAAACCUCUCAACGUGGAGGUGUACACUCAAACAUUAAAGUCGAUUUUCCACAAUCAUAUAUCUGAACUUGCAAGUCAAUAUGGUAGAUUCUUUUCAUUGAACAACAACAACAUCAUCAUCAACAAUCACAAUAGUAAUAAUAAUAAUAAUAAUACCUCAAUGAUCAUCUCCACAGUUAACAAUAACAAAAACAUAGAUAAUAACAAUAAUAAUCUAAACAACAAUGGUAGUACUAGUGGUGGGGUAGAAGUAGGUUCACUUACCACCAGUCAGUAA